UCCUCGAGGACUCCGCGCGCCUUCCGGGCUGAUUUCCGACGUGCACGUGUGCUCUGUGGAACGCACUCAUUGAAACUCACACGACAUGCUCCGCGUUAUACUAUCCCCCCCUCCUCCCCUCUGCCCCCACCUCCCUCCCUCGAUGAAUGCGUGGAGUGGGUGAGGGUUUAACGGAUCAGGUUACGGUUCUCCCCCACAACCCCCUGCGGCUGUGGGCAGUAGUGGCUCAGGACCGGUCUGCCUCGUGGAAAGGUCUUUUAAACAACAUGGUGGAGGCCUUGGCCCCGUUUCUCUUGUCCGGCAUGCUGAUGUGUGGCCUGCUGCUCCUCCACGCGGCGUCCCGACACGGGGACGGCGCCAAAAAGCCCAACUUCAUCGUCAUACUGGCGGACGAUAUUGGCUGGGGCGACCUGGGCGCCAACCGGGGCGGAGAGAAGUCAAACAACACGCCCUACCUCGACCUGAUGGCUGAGCAAGGACUAAGAUUGACCGACUUCCAUUCCCCCGCCUCGACCUGCUCCCCGUCCCGCGCCGCCAUCCUGACGGGCCGCUACGGCCUGAGGAACGGCGUCACUCGGAACUUUGCCGCGGGCUCCGUGGCCGGUCUGCCGCUGUCCGAAGUCACCUUGCCCCAGCUGCUGCGGAGGGCCGGGUACCACACCGCCAUGAUCGGGAAGUGGCACCUCGGCCACAACGGGCCGUACGGCCCGACCAGCAGAGGCUUCGACUACUACCUCGGUAUCCCCUACAGCAAUGACAUGGGCUGCACGGACGUACCGGGUCAUGAUCUGCCCCAGUGUCCCCCCUGUGACUCCUCUGAAGGGACCAGAUUGCGGGGGGCUGCACGUGGAGGCUGUCAAUCCAAACUGGGCCUUCCCCUGAUGGAGGACACCAGGAUUGUGGAGCAGCCGCUGGACCUGUGGACACUGACGGAGCGCUACGCCUCCGCUGCCCAGAGGGUCAUCCGCGCCGCGAGGGAGCGAGGACAGCCCUACUUCCUCUACAUGGCGCUGGCUCACAUGCACGUGCCCCUGGCCCCCCCGCUGCGCCCGGACGCCUCCGACGACGACGGCGCCGGCGUGUACGCCGCAAGCCUGCGAGAGAUGGACCGCCUGGUGGGGGCGGUGAAGAGCGCCGCGGACAGAGACAACACCCUGAUCCUGUUCACGGGGGACAACGGGCCGUGGGACAGGAAGUGCCAGUACGCCGGAAGCGUGGGGCCCUUUGUGGGAAAGUGGCAGACCAGCAGAGGCGGCGGCUCGGCUAAGCAGACGACCUGGGAGGGGGGGCACAGGGUGCCGACGGUGGCUUAUUGGCCCGGGAGGAUCCCGGCAAACGCCACCAGCUCGGCGCUGCUCAGCGGAAUGGACGUCUUCCCGACCCUUCUGUCCCUGGCCGGGGUGACCCCUCCCCCGGACAGGCGUUACGAUGGCAUUGACGCCACGAAUAUCUUCCUGCGCGGCGAACAACAGGCGGGUCGCGAGUUUCUGUUUCAUCCAAACAGCGGCGCAGCGGGGGCCUUCGGCGACUUGCAGACGGUUCGAACGGGGACGCACAAAGCCUUCUACAUCACAGGUGCGGCCGAGGCGUGCGGCGGCGCGACCGGGAGGCCGCGGCUCCACGACCCGCCGCUGAUAUUCGACCUGCGGCGCGGCGAGGCGGAGGAGACGCCGCUGGGGGAGGAGACGCCCGAAUACCGGGCGGCGGCGGAGAGGGUCGCCCGCGGGAGGGAGGCGCUGCUGUGGGACAUCGCCACCGACGGGUCGGCGUCCGCCGCCGACUACAGCACGGACGCGGCGGCGGCGCCCUGCUGCGAGCCGACGAGGGCCGCCUGCCGGUGCCGCACGGACACAGACACACACACACACGCAUAGACACACACACACGCAUAGACACACGCACACACACACACACACAUAGACACACACACACGCAUACAGUGCAAUUUAAGAAUUUUUAUUUUUCAGCUUUAUUGUCAUUUGUUGGA